AUGGAGUUCUCAAUCGAAUCAACAUCGACCUUGUUUGACUCGAGCGGGAAGCCCUACACCUCGUACUCCAUCACCACGCACUACCAGGGCCAACGCUUCCAGGCAUCGCCGCAUUCUCCACAGACUCAGCGGCUGCCCUGGCUGCCGCAUAUUCCACUCCAGCCGCCGCACCCAUCCGCCGCCAAUGAGAUCAGCCUACGUGCGCAGCGGCGGUACCGCGAGUUCGUGGCGCUGCACGACGGCCUGCGCGGCGAGGUCUCCGGCCUCCCCCACCACUUCCCCGUCUGGCCCUUUCACCUCAACCGCCUCGCGCCAGAGGUCGUGGACGGCCGCCGCGUCGCCCUCUGCUCGUACCUCUCCGCCGCCCUCGCCGCCCUUCACGGCGGGGUGAUGCCGGCGCGGCUCCGCUCCUUCCUGCAGCUCCCGCAGGCGCAGGCGAACCGGAUGACCGCGCCUGCUGGGCCGUCCGGGGCGGCGCCGCUGCUGCCGCUCGAGAAAAGCGACACGGUGCUCAUGCUCGAGGCGAUCCCGCUGCCGCUCUCGCUGUCUCUUCACACCUCCAGCUGUCAACAGGUCAUCCUCGUGGCGUACCAGCUGCCGCUCACUGUGUCGAGAGCCGAGGGCGGAGGGUGGGAGGUGGAGUGGGACGACGAGUCGGUCCUCAAUCAGCACGCCUUGUCGCUGGGCUGCCGGGUGAUGUGGGUCGGAGGCGUCGGCUGCCCUAGCGACCCCGACGAUCCCUUCAUUAGCGUCGGCUGCGCUGUCGACCCCGACGAGGAGGAGGGCCUCGCGCAGCUGCUGCUCGAGGGCUACUCUUGCCUGCCCGAGGACUGGCGGGCGUACUCCGCCGCCAACCGAAAGUUCGCCGACACCGUGAUGGAGGUGUACGAGCCGGGGCACAUGGUCUGGGCGCACGACUACCACCUGCUCCUCCUCCCCUCCUUCCUGCUCCGCCGCCACCGCACCGCCCACAUCGGACUCUUCCUGCACUCGCCCUUCCCGGCGAGCGACGUCUUCCGCUCCGUCGCCGUCCGCGAGGAGCUGCUCCGAGCGAUGCUGCACGCGGACAUGGUCGGCUUCCUGCUCUUCGAGUACACUCGCGGCUUCCUCACCUCGUACACGCGCAACUUCCUCACCUCGUGCAAGCGGCUGCUCGGCCUCGAGCACGACCGCAGCCCUCCCGUCGAGGCACGCCUCGAGCACGAGUUCAAGUCUGGCGGCUUCUUGGGCGUCGACUUCGGAGGCCGACACGUCAUCGUGCAGGUCUCCACCUUUGGCGUCUCCCCCUCGCUGCUCGAGAACCACUUGCCGGACAGGCUGGCGCCCCCCGCCGCCGCCUCCACCCGCGACGAGCUCAAGGACUUGCGAGCGGAGCUCGACGCGCCGGCCGCCUCGCCGCGGCGGCUGCUCGCCGGCGUCGACUACCUCGACCGCUUCAAGGGCGUGCAGCUCAAGCUGCUCGCGUGGGAGGCGAUGCUGGCCGCGUACCCGCGGUACCGCGCGGGCCACACGCUGGUGCAGGUGAUGGUCGCCUCGCGCAACCAGGUCAAGCUCGUCGCGGACGCGCGCGACGUGCGGGCCGACAUUGAGACCAUCGUCCGCCGGAUCCGCGCCUCCUACCCGGGCGCCCUCCACUACGCCGAGGUGGAGCGGCUCUCUCUCGCCGCCCGGAUGCAGCUGUGGCAGAUGUCCGACGUCAUCGUCUACUCGACGGUGCGCGAGGCGGUCAACGCCCACCCGCUCGAGUACGUCGUCGCGCGGGCCGCAGGCAAGCUGCCGGCGGGCGUGGGGCCGGGGGCGGCGCGCCGCUUCCUGACCGACCUCAAGUCGAUGCAGCGCAAGAAGGAGGACCACUGGAUGGCGGUCGGCUUUGGGCUCGCCUCCUUCCGGAUGGUGCUCCUCUCGUAUCGCGCCGCCGCACAGCGCGUCGUCUUGCUCGAUUGGGGCGGCACCCUCACCCCCGCCGACACGGGCUUCUACGACGUGCGCGAGGAGGGCAAGUACGAGGUGCCCUCCUCGGUGCUCACGACGCUGCGGCAGCUCUGCGCCGACCCCCACAACCACGUGAUGGUCCUCUCUGGACUCGGGCGCGACACGGCGGACACCGCCCUCUUGACCGGUGAGGCAUCGUCCCUCUCGGCCGCAGCUGCGAACGGCGCGCGCGAGCUGCAGUACCAGCUGCAGGCAGCGCUCGAGGGGGCCCCGGUGGUGGUGCGGGUGGGGAAGGGGUAUGUCGAGGCGUGCCCCAAGGGGAUCGACAAGGGGGUGAUGGCGGAGCGGUUCGUCGGGCUCGUGGCGGACGCGGCGCGGCGCGGCAGGCCGGCAGAGCCGCUCCAGUUCGUCCUCUGCGUCGGCGACGACUCGAGCGACGAGCUCAUGUUCGCCGCGCUGCAGAAGAGGAAGGACGCGGCGGCCGGCCGAGGCGGCGCCGCACCCGGGCACGACCUCUUCACCGCCACCGUCGGCCGCAAGCCGAGCGACGCCUCCGCCUACCUCGCCGACCACGCUGACGUGGUCGAGCUGCUCGGGAUGCUCUCUGGAGUCGGCUCGUCGCGCAGCAAGCGCUUCGCCUCCGCCGGAGACCUGCAGUCACUCGCGGCGGCGGCCGGCGGGGCGGCGCGGCCGCAGCAGGACGAAAACAGCCGCCCGCCGCCGCUGCGCGAGCAGCCCGUGCGGCGCAGCUCGCAGUCGUACAACCCGGGGGCGUAG